GUACACCAGACACCCCAGCCACCUGUACACCAGACACCCCAGACACCUGUACACCAGACACCUGUACACCAGACACCUGUACACCAGACACCUGUACACCAGACACCUGUACACCAGACACCUGUACACCAGACACCUGUACACCAGACACCUGUACACCAGACACCCCAGACACCUGUACACCAGACACCCCAGCCACCUGUACACCAGACACCCCAGACACCUGUACACCAGACACCUGUACACCAGACACCUGUUGGACUUGUUAAAUUUGAUUCUGUUCAAGAAGUCAGUUCAAAAACUGUCACUUGUGAUGAAACUGGCCAGAACUGUCAAGGGCAACUUGGCCAAAAAGGUCAUUACUGUGUAGACUUACAAUUAACUUCCCAAAAUGUGGAGGAAGGAUUAUGGGGGGAGAAAAAUUCUGGGCAAAACUUACAUAGAAAGAAAAAUGCGAAGGAUGGUUUACAAAGAAAGAAAAAUAGAAAUAAAUUAGCUUUGGAAUUGGAUGGCAGAAUUGUGGCAUAUAGAAGACAGAGCAGGAUAGAUACAUCUCUUUCUAAAAGAGAAAAGGGCAAGAAGAAACUGGCUAGCCUUUUGCCCAACUUAAACCCAUCAGUUUACAGUGCUAACAUCUUCUCUAACACUCUCCCAGCACGUCAACUUCCUCAGAUGCAGCCCAAACUUGCAGCUGUACAGCUGUAUGAGACAGCUGUACAGCCGUAUGAGACAGCUGUACAGCCGUAUGCCAUUCUCCAGACUGACAGCACCAUCAGACAAAUUAUGCCAGCAGUCACUCUGCAUGUCACAGAUUCUCAUCAAGUUAUGGUCAAUUAUGACCAUCGACAUGUCACAGAUACAUGUCAUUAUGACCAUUUGACAUCAGAUCAUCCAGUUAGUCGCCAGCCUGUUUGGCAUCAACCUAUUGCUGUCUCUAAAUGCAGAGAAGAAAAUGCUUUGUCCACUUUACUUGAAGGAAAAAACUCCCUAAUAAAACCAAGUAGUAAAAGAAAAAGAGAAACUGGAAAAUGCAGUCGUAACAGAAAUAAUAAAAAAUCUAAGCUUGUCACCCCAGCUUUGGCCAAACUUGACACCCCAGCUGUGGCCAAACUUGACACCCCAGCUGUGGCCAAACUUGACACCCCAGCUGUGGCCAAACUUGACACCCCAGCUGUGGCCAAACUUGACACCCCAGCUGUGGCCAAACUUGACACCCCAGCUGUGGCCAAACUUGACACCCCAGCUGUGGCAAAACUUGCCACCCCAGCUGUGGCCAAACUUGACACUCCAAAUGUAGCCAAACUUGACACUCCAAAUGUAGCCAAACUUGACACCCCAGCUGUGGCCAAACUUGACACCCCAGCUGUGGCCAAACUUGACACCCCAGCUGUGGCCAAACUUGACACCCCAGCUGUGGCCAAACUUGACACCCCAGCUUUGGCCAAACUUGACACUCCAAAUGUGGCCAAACUUGACAUCCCAGCUUUGGCCAAACUUGACACCCCAGCUGUGGCCAAACUUGACACCCCAGCUGUGGCCAAACUUGACACUCCAGAUGUGGCCGAACUUGACACCCCAGCUGUGGCCAAACUUGACACUCCAGAUGUGGCCAAACUUGACACCCCAGCUGUGGCCAAACUUGCCACUCCCAGUACUGAGACUGAUGUAUCUUUCAUCAAAGUGCAGAGUUGUGCUAGAUCUAGUCACUCCAAUAAUUUGACUCUUAGAUCCUGGAGCAAAGUGGAGCUAGCAAAGAAACUGUCCAACAAAAUCAAGAAGACAACCCAAACAUUGGAAUUAUUUCAAACUCGGCCCCCCAAUGCUGGCUUGUAUUCCUCCAAGAGUUCUGAGAGUGAAAAAUUGAAUAUCUGUGAAGAUUUCCAAGCUGAAACCUGUGAGUCUGUUAGUGCUACACAACAAAAGGUUUGGAGUUCAACACAUGUCUCAUCUGUAUCCUGUAAAAGACAUUUACCCCCCAAAAAACGACUUUCGUUGGAUGUAAAUACAACACCAGGAAGCCAAUCAGCAAAUGGUUUACAGUUACAUCCAGGAGCCAUUACUCUCCCAAUGAAAAGCUCCAAGACACACAAGAACAGUGGCAGUGAUAUGAAGAAUUCUCCCCAGGCCAGACGAAUGGAAAAACUACUUGAAAAACUUCACCAUACAAAGACAUCCCUGCUUUAAAUACAGCGGUCAGGGAGACGGCAUGAGGCAGUUUCAGAGUCAGCAAGACACCUAAAUAUUGUUUAUAAUAUUUAUAUUUUAUUAAAACAU